CCAUAGGUUCUUACAGUGGCAGAAGUGUUACUGUGCAAUGCUUCAAUGAUUUUGAGCAACUUAGAUGGCAAGUGGUAACAAUACUGAAGAACAGACCAGAGAGCUGCUCUAUUGAUUGAAUGCUUGAGGAAGCUGCUGAUGCAAUUCGAUUUGAUAAUCGUAUUCGUGUUGCUGUGCUCAGAAGUGAAGUAGAGGGAGUGUUUUGUGCGGGAGCCGACUUGAAAGAGAGAGCUGAAAUGAGUCAGACUGAUGUCCAACGUUUUGUUUCUGCUGCUCGAGCUUUUACUGCACGAAUAUCAAACCUUCCACAGCCAUUGAUAGCUGCACUGGAUGGUGCUGCUCUUGGUGGAGGCUUGGAGUUUGCGUUGUGCUGUGACAUUCGAGUUGCGGCAACAACAGCACGACUGGGACUGGUGGAGACUAAACUGGCAAUCAUACCAGGAGCAGGUGGAACUCAACGCCUUCCUCGCCUCAUUGGCAUAUCAAAAGCCAAAGAACUGAUUUUCACAGGCCGCAUACUCAAUGGCAUCGAAGCAAACAAUGUGGGCUUAGUCAACCAAGUUGUCGAACAGAAUCAAUCAGGAAAUGCAGCAUACGAAGAAGCAAUCAAACUAGCCGAAGAAAUCCUCCCUCAGGGACCCAUUGCUCUCCGAAUGGCUAAACUGGCAAUCAACCAGGGCAUGCAGGUGGACUUGACCAGUGGAUUACAGUUUGAGGAAGGAUGCUACUCUCAAAUUAUCCCAACCACAGACAGGCUGGAAGGUCUAGCAGCAUUUAGAGAAAAGAGGAAACCGAUUUACAGAGGGGAAUAACUCGGUAUAGAAUACGAACAACUUUCCUCUCCAUACAACCAAUCCAUGUCUUUAUGUAUGAU